CACAGAGCACACACAGCCUGCAUGGCGAACACCGAUUCAUUACCUCCUCCGCGCUGCUGAGCUGCGAGUGUGCAAACUCAACGUCGACUUCGGUCAACAGCAGCUGCGUUGCUCAUCCAGGAGGAUAAUGACUUUGUAAAGAAGGUGUUGCUCCCGUGAUGAUGACGACGACGACGAAGAUGAUUCUAACGAUGACAACUACUACGAAGAUGCCCGUUGUGUUGAUUGUGAGCCUGCCACGUGCGGCGGCGAUGCCGUUGCUGCUGCAGUGAUAGGUGGUGAUGACGAUUGCGCUGCCGAUGAUGAUAAUGAUGAGAAAUGAUUAAUGAAUUAUGGAGCCGCCGGGUGGCAUACAAUGGAGUCCACUGGCCCUGCCUCUGGACACAAUCGUCAGCAGGUACAAGCUUCCCCUGCUGCUCCGAGUCGAACCUGGCCAGGCGAUUGAGGGCCUGCGCGAUGGGGACCUAGUGCUCGUGCACUCGUGCCGCCAGUGGACCGCGGUGACGGCGCACAGCCUGGAGGAGGGCCACUACGUGGUGGGGCCCAAGAUCGAGAUCCCCGUGCACUACUCAGGGAAGUUCAAGCUGCUGGAGCAGGAGCGGGACAUGAAGGACCCUGUGCAGUACUUCAACAGCGUCGAGGAGGUGGCCAAGGCGUUUCCAGACCGCGUCUUUGUCAUGGAAGACAUCUCCUUCAGCGUCAAGGUCGCGUCGGGCGAGUUCAGCGAGGACAGCGAGGUCUACAACUUCUCGCUGAGCACGGGCGACGAGCUCACGCUCAUGGGCCAGGCCGAGAUCCUGUGCGGGAAGCCGCCGGGCCGCGACCGCUUCCGCCUCAACGCCCUCCUGCGCAAGCUGGGCCGGCUCAACGCGGCCGUGAGCGGCGGCGGUGGCGGCGGCGGCGGAAACUCGGGCGGCGGCGGCGGAGGGGGCGGCGGCAACAACAACGCCCCCUCGUCGGUGCUGCGCCCGUCCAAGGGCAAGAUGCCGUGCCUCAUCUGCAUGAACCACCGCACCAACGAGAGCCUCAGCUUGCCCUUCCAGUGCCGCGGCCGCUUCGGCACCCGCAGCCCGCUGGAGCUGCGUCUGCGCGAGGGCGAGCACACGCUGCGCUCCAUCCUGGAGCGGGCGCGCCUGCCCGUCAGCGUGCAGGUGCCGGGGCCCGGCGGCCUGGGCGGGAUGGUGCCCGCCGGGGUCGUCGUGUUUGGGGGCGGAGGAAGUGGAGGAGGAGGAGGAGGGGGGGGAGGGGGAGGCGGAACGACGUCCCGGGUUCCCGCUGGACCCCAGCCGCCGUCGGCGCCGCCGCCGCGCAACCCCUACGACCAGCACAGCAUGCGGGAGGGACACCGCUACAAGCUGGUGGGCAUCCGCGCCAAGAUGGUGGCGGUGUGCUGCGCGAUCCGCCCCGACGGCCUGGGCGGCGAGACGGCGCUGCCGCUGCACUUCACGCUGCAGGUCGGCGCGACGCUCCCGCGCUUCGCCCUGCCCGAGGGGCUGGCUUGCGCCGACAAGGCCUACGAGCGGGCGGUGCGCGACAGGCUGGCGCUCGUCCAGCGCAGCUUCGACAUCGACGAGUUCUCGCGCGCGGUGCGGGAGGCGCCGCUCGUCGACCCCCCGCCUCCUGCGGGCGGCGGCGGCGGCUCGUCGGGAGCGACGACCGGGGGCCGGGACGUGUCGAGCCCCAAGCCGGGGAGGUCGGCGCCGGCCCCGCAUGGCGGCCACGUGCCCUACACGCGCGAACCCAGCGGCUGCCCCUUCCAGCAAUGGCCGCCGGGGUGCGGGCACGGCGGGGGCGGCGGGGGGCGGCUCCAGCUCGGCUGCUUCGGCGGAGGCGGCGGCGGCAGCGAGGCGUCGCUCGCCCGCUCCUCCCGCACGUGCUCGUCGGAAGAGGAGUCGCCCCGAGGGGUCGCGGCCCUGCCGCCUCUGUCGCGCGACCGUCGCUCCGUCAACGACGAGAACUGGCACGGACGGCGACGGCUACGGCGGCGACGGCUACGGAGGCGACGGCGGCGACGACUACGGCGACGACGACGGGGAGUACGUCCUGCCCGAGGAGCCGCGCGCGCCGCCGCCGCCGCAACAGUCGUCGUCGUCGCACUCGGGACGCCCGCCCGGCGCCGAUCUUCCGUACGAGGAGCUGUGGUCGGAGCGAGCCGUGGCCGCCGGGAGCCCCGGCUGCUGACGCGGGGAGGGAGGGGAUGCCGGGGGGAGGUGGACGCGCCAGGCGCCAGGGAGGCGGCGGCGGCCGCGGUGUACAGCUCCCCACCACGCGCCGGGCACCACGACCGCUCGCUGCCCCCGCCGCCACUCCCGCCAAAGUCGCAGGCGGUGAAGGCCGAGUGCCGAGCCAUGCAGGCCCAGGCGCCCCCCGUGCCCCCCCGCAGCACCAAGCCCCCCUCCACGCCGACGCUGAGCCCCCGGCUGCCUCCGCGCACCCCCCGGCCGCAGCUCAGCCAAGCGGCGGCACGCUCGCCGAGCCCCAGCCUCUCGUACUACUCGUCCGGGCUGCACCACGUGGGUGUGAGGAGCAACGCGACGUGGAUGGCCCAAGCGAACACGGACCCCGGAGCCGGCUUCUGCUACCCCUGCGGCUGGACCUGCGAUCACAGCAAUGGUGGCAGUCGGCGGCGCCGUCACCGUUGGCCCUCAACACGACCGCUCGGCCCGGCCUUCUCUCUCCGACGGCCAGUCGGUAAAGACCUCCUGGUCGGAGACGUGGAGCCGGGGCUCCAGCGAGAGCGAUGGCGGCCACUACCUGACGCCCGACGCGUCGCUGUCCAAGCACGUAAACUUCUUCUACGGUGGUCCCCGCCCACGCGCGGUGCCACCAGGCGCCCCAGCGCCGGGCCGACGCCGGGGCCACCGCGCCCGCGGCCGUUUGCGGCGCCGACAGCCCCGAGGAGUCGCCGGCAUCCCGAGGGUGGGCGACUGGCUGCGGCGCUCCGCCUCCCUCGCUCUGCCCUCCGUUCGGCAGUGGCUCGGCGAGCCCGGCGGACGGCGGCGACCCAUUCGACCCGUUCAUGCCCGCGCCGGAUGAGAGGCGGCCGCCCGCGCCCGCGCACAACGGUUGCUGCGUGGAAGCAGCCGGUGCUGUCGCUGCUCGCGCGCGGAAGCCUCCCGCCCUUUGACAGGAUCCUGUCUGCGGAAACAGUGCAACAGCCCGGCACGCCGGGUGCCGCCGGGCCCGUGUGCCCGCUCUCUCCACCGCGGCCUCCGAAACCGGGGCGCGCCGCCGAGCUCCACCAGGGCCCGCUCGCGCCAUCGCCACUCAUCUCGUCCUGGGAGCUUCCGGUGGAAAACGGGACAGAGGUUUUUUCGUUGGGGAUGGGCGGCGAGGCCUACCUCAGGCUGUCGGACACAGACACGGGCCCGGGCGGCCACGAGCUCGGCGAAGAUCCCUGGAGGCCCCCGUUGGACCUGGCAGGGCUGUCAGUGGAGGGCGUGUGCCGGUGCCUGCGUUUUCUCGGGUUGCCAGAAGGGCCCGUGGCAAAAUUUUCUUCCGAGAAGGUGGACGGGUCGCUGCUCGCUCAGCUGUCGGAGGAAAUGCUCCUCAACGACUUUGGGUUGGGGAAGCUGCAGGCCAGGAAGCUGCUGCAGUUCGUCGCUGGGUGGCGCCCAAAACUGUGAGGCCGGCGACGUCGACGGUUCGCGAGCGACGCCGCGUUAAGUCCUUUGCGACGAGCGCUCGCGUCCGUUGGUUUACACCACAACCGAACGCACACCGUGCAGUUAUUUAUUGGCAUUAAUCAGAGUUGCUGUCUACUGUAACGUUCUCACGAUGCUCUAAGCAAUGGUUAGGCCGUUAUGCGCCGGCUUCGUUAACUGAUUUGGCGGUAAAACGUGAAAGCACUAACUUCAUUUCACAACUAAUUUGUUGUACUUAUUUUUGAGUAACCUUUCGCAAAAAAACUAAAGGCCUUUACGCAUCCUGUUUAUGUGUGUGUAUGUAUGUAUAUACGAGGGGCGGUCGAAAACUUUGGAUUCGGCGAAUGCUAAAAAAAAGAAGAUAAAACUGCACCAACGUAAAUUUGGGCUCAUUUUUAAGCCUCCAUUUUGUACGCAUGCGUCGUGUAACGUGAACGAAACCGUAGGUAACGAGGAUCGUUCCGCCGAGGACCGCACGCGCGAACUCGUGCAGUGACAACGGCUCUCUUCUGUGUCGUUUUGUCAGGAUGGGACUUGGGUAAUGGGGAGGGGGAGCGCUGAAAAAAACACUCCUCUUGUCCACAAAAAGUCACAGCUAAACACGGAUAUCAAGAUACAUUUUUUACCGUGUGACUCCUCCGUUCUCAGAAUGCGCGGAAUCGUAUGAAUUUUCUGUAUGACUCUUUUAUCCGUGAAAAAUACGGAUAAUUAAGAUGACAUUUUCAACACGACUCUUAUCCGCAUGUUCGUGCACCCAGCAGUUAUUUCAGAAAAUCGGAAGAUAUCAGGGAUCAUGGAUAACAUGAUGAUGGAAAAGAGGAGUUAAUGCUGUAUUUAAUAUUCCAUUUUUAAAAUGUUUUGACCAUUUCUUACACAGUAUUGCUUAUAUAAUUUGUAUAUACGAGUAUGUAAAGCAUCUGUUAGAAACUCUAUUGUUUAUGCUAAAGCGUAAAACGAUUGUGAAGAAUUAGUACGUUCAAUGUUUGUGCUUGUUUUAUUUGACACGAAUGCCGUCUCCAAGGUAUUAAGAUCAACAUAGGUUCUUCAACGAUGUGCAAAUAUUGCUCCGAGUUAUCUUCCACUUUUUCAGUCAUUCACUAAAUUGUCUCGUGAACAUCCUGAAUACGCGACAAGCCACACAAACUGCGUUGAUAUCAGCAAUGGUUACUCCGGAUGCCUUGCAGGCGUCCGGUAAGAAGAAUCGUUUCCAUUUAAAAAAAAAAACGGUAUCCAAUGUUUCGAUUUAAAGCUUUCGUGACUGCAGGGAUUCAUCUUCUUGGUUCUUUCGGUAAAGUCACGUAGAAGGGAAAUAGUAAAAUAAUACAAUUUAAACAUAAUAAUGUUAUUAUGUUUUAUUUCCACGUAGAAGGGAAAUAAUAAAAUAAUACAAAUAAAACAUAAUAAUGUUAUUAUGUUUUAUUUUAAUAAUGUUAUUAUGUUAUAUUUUUAUUAUUUUAUUAUUUCCCUUCUACGUGACUUUACCGAAAGAACCAAGAAGAAGUAUCCAAUGUUUUGUUAUUUAGCUAUUGCGAUUUAGAACAAAAAAUGUUGAUGUCAUGUUACAAAUGCUGAAUCAUAAUAUUUUGUUUUGCCAUUCGCUGGCCACAGGGGAAUUUGCGGAGUAACUGUCAAGAACGUUGAGUGUUAAAGAUGUCGAAGACCUAGGGCCCUCCUUUAAAGUUUCGCGAGUCGUCUCUGUCUAUCGAACUCACGGCCAUGCCUUUCCAGCGAUCACUGUGAUGAUGAUGAAUGAUUAACGCGUGCGCCGUGAUGUGUGGGAGCCGUUGCAGCAAGACUGACGGACCGGCCCUUCACCUCAUGGCCUUCAGACCCAGCACAGAACAAUGAAUGUGGCAUUUUUGAAGCCUGUCACGUCCUCCGUUGUAAAAAAUACAUUGACUACAAUUGA